CAGUCUCUCCUUUUCCCCACAAGGUUAAACCCUAAAAUUAAAAUUCUCUUGUUAACUUUUAAUUUUCGAACUUGAUCUCGUGUUAGCUGAAAUUUAGGGAUUUGGACAGAAUUUCACAGUCAUAAUUGCUGUUUGCUGAUCCCAUUUCUUCGGUUUCUUUCUUCUCAGGAGAAUAGGGGAAAUUCGAAAAGCAAGUCAAUGGCAAGCAAAGCUGUGAAAACUGUGGCUAAGGCAGUUUCUGAGUAUCAAUACCCAUGGAGAGAAAAGUUGGCGAAACAUAAAGACGAGCUGGCCAAGGGUGUAUGGGGUUACUGGAAUCUAGGGGCUUGGACACCACUCCACAUUAGUGCGCGCAAACGAGCUAGACUUCGCAAUGAAGUCCUCCUUGCUGGGCAAGAUUGGAAUUACGAUCCUGAAAGGAAAGAAAUGAAGGUCAAGAUGAAAGGGCACAAGUGUGAUAGGAUAUCUGCAGAGAAACGCGAAAAAACUGUCAAAUUAAUGGAGAAAAUGCCACAGACGUUGCUCGCCUACAAGAAGAGAAGGUGGGAGAAGAAAAUGAAGGAAGAGGAAAAGAAACUGAAGGAAUAGAAAAAAUGUUCCGUUUUUUCGAGGCUGCUUUUCUGUUCUGGAUAGUUUGUUCAUUCAUAUAUGCAAUGUUGGUUUUACCAGGAUAAAAUGGAGACACAACAUUAAGUUCUCUCCUAAAUUUUCACUAUUGUGGCUUAGUGAAAUCUUUAUAGACAUUAGGUUUGAUGGAUAAGGUUUUUUCUGAUGCUGACCAUAGUUUAUAGAAAUCCUCCAUUUUUGAAGAUCAA